AGUAAAAUUUCUGAGCCCCAUCACUUUAUCACUCAUCCUCUCUUUUUUCUCCUCUCAAACAACCAAAGCUCAAUGCGUAUCUUCAACAGCUCUUCCCACCCUUCCAAGAAGGAGAAGGAGGAAAAAGAAUGGUUAGGAGCAAGUUUCAAGGCUGAGAAUUUUAUACCGGGUAUAGUAAUUGGUUUCAUUCUUGGAUUGUUGUUGGAUUUGUCUAAGCCUUCCAAAAGUAGUAGUAACACUUUGAAGAAGACAAGUCAUUUGUUGAGCAGAAAUCAACCUGAAAAGAUUUUGGCCCCACCUAAACCUGAUGAUGAAGACCUCAAAAUGGUUUUAGUUGUCAGACAAGACCUGAAAAUGGCACAAGGAAAAAUUGCAUCUCAGUGUGCUCAUGCUGCUACUGGCAUGUAUGCAGAACUUAUGCAAAG